AUGUUGAGAGAAUUAUUCCUAGUGUUCUGUGUGCUAGUGACACUAAUAUUCCCAUCAGGGAUCUGUUCUAGUCUGCUAUGCGGGCGCACAGAGAAGCUGGAGUUAGGCAGCAACAGCGGGGCGGGGGCUGCGCUGGCGCUGGCCUUAGUCCGGCCUCCGUCCGCGCCCCGCACCCCCUGCCAGCUCAGCCUCACCGCGCCUGAAGCCGCUGCCUUCGCUGUCAGGCUUAUAGAUGUUAAGGAGUCACUAACAGAUUGGGAGAGAGGUGUAACAGACGUCCAGGUGCCACCAGUAGCCGGGGCGUUAAACCGCAAAUGGAGCGCGCGGACAGCUGCGCACGCGCAAGACACUGCCACCGACCAAUCAGCGCCUGUCAACAACAGCACUGAUGCUUGCAAGCUGCUUAUUUAUAUUGGCGAUGCCAAAACUCCGAUGUGGCGUCUGAACCUCUGCGGAGGUAACGCUGCAGCGGUGGCAGCGAGGGCUGGUACCAAGCUGCUGCCCUCAAAAUUGAGGAUCGUGUGGAACCCCCCCACCUCCCCUUACCAACACACCGAGAAGUUGCGGCUGGUGGUCACUGCUGUUAAUAGUGGUUCCAUCUGCAACAACGACUCCCAAUUCAUAUGCGGUGUGACCAGCCUCUGUAUAUCCUCAUACCUCGUCUGUGAUGGAGUUAGGCACUGCCCCGGAGGAGAGGAUGAAGACCCAUCAGCCUGCUCUCAUAGGCAUGAUCCUCCACUUCUCGAACUCCUCAGAAGAUUUGCUGCAAGAAACCAGGAGUUGUUGGGAUUGGACCAGCCUGAUGGAAUGACAAAACCUUCUGUUAUAAGCGAUUUGACCCUUUCAGUGAAGAUCAGUGAGAGUGAGAAGCCGUCGAACGCUUUCAUGGAGUUCGCAGCUGCACUGAAGCCGUACGGACCUUGGAGCUACCUGGUGGUCGGCAUGCUGGUCUGCGCUACUAUACUCAUGUUCUGCCUGGCUUGGGAGUGUUGCUGCAAACGCUCCAAGCCGUCAGACACGCCAGUCAACAUACCGCCAUCUUGUAUCGAUCUCUCGCCAACUGUCACAGUGACAGCCGCAUCACAGCAACUCUUCACCCAACCCCUUCCCCCAUCCCCCCCUGAAUACGAACCACCCCCAUCCUAUUCCUCGUUAUUCCCCCGAGCCUUUAAAUCAUCCCCUACGCCAGUACCACACUGCUCACACCAAGAACCUCCGGAUUGA